GGGGUGCUGUAAACAUGGCUGGAAGCAGUGGCAGUGCUAGCGGCGUGGUGCCGGAGUACGAGGUGCCCGAAUUGCUCACGCGCGUGUUUCACGUGGGUUCCUUUGGCGCGCUCUGGAAGCAGAACCUGCACGGGGCAGACCUGGCUGUGCAGGGGGCGGUGGCAGAGGACGGGGCUGCCGCCGUGGCUGAGGAUUUGGGCUGCGGGCUGGAGACUGCAGCAGAGCUUAGGGCUGUGUGCAGUAUUGACAUGUUAAAGUCCCCUGAUAAAGAAGAAGAUCCAGAGAUUAUUUCUGAAGACAGCAGCCUAGUAACUCUUCGAAUUAGAAAGAAGGCCCUGGAGAGGCGAGAAGAAACCAUAAUUGUAGAUCGCACUUGCAGACAAGAAACAUUUACUUAUGAGAUGGAGUCUCAUGCAAUUGGAAAGAAGCCAAAAGAUCCAGCAAAUCUAAUUGAGGAAGGAGAACUUUUCCUAACUCUGAACAUCUUUUAUCCUGUCAUAUUUCAGAAGCAUAAAGAUCACAAACCUUAUCAGACAGUGCUUGUGUUGGGCAGUCAAAAACUCACUGAGCUCAGAGACUCCAUUUCCUGUGUCAGCGACCUUCAGAUGGGUGGUGAGUUCAGCAGCCACCCUGACCAAGCACCAGAGCAUAUUAGCAAGGAUCUCUACAAAUCUGCUUUCUUUUAUUUUGAAGGCGUUUUUUACAAUGAUAAAAGGCACUCAGAGUGCAGAGAUCUGAGCAGAACAAUUAUUGAGUGGUCAGAAUCUCAUGAUCGAGGCUAUGGGAACCUUCAGACUGCUAAAAUGGAGGAUUACACGUUUAAUGACUUGUCCAUCAAAAUUGGUUUUCCAUACCUCUUCUGUCACCAAGGAGAUUGUGAGCAUAUCAUUCUCAUCACAGACAUAAGGCUUGUUCAUCAGGAUGACUGCCUGGACAGGACCCUGUAUCCCUUGCUAAUCAAGAAGCAUUGGUUAUGGACUAGAAAAUGCUUUGUGUGCAAAAUGUAUACAGCCAGGUGGGUGACUAACGAGGACAGUCUCGCUCCAGAGGACCCCUGUUUCUUCUGUGAUGUUUGUUUUCGAAUGCUCCAUUAUGAUGCAGAAGGCAAUAAACUGGGAGAGUUCCUUGCUUACCCUUACGUUGACCCAGGGACUUUCAACUAAGGCUUCAACGAGAAUGAAUUCAGUGAACUGGAACCAUGAAUCUGUUGCAGUGGCGGUUGGGUGGUUCUGAACAGAUGUAGUCUGAAAUACUGCUGGGGUUUGGGAUAGGCCAUCGUUCCUUUGUUCAGUAGUGGGGAUUCCUGCGCACAUCAAGUUUUUGAAUCUUGUUGGUAAUCCAGAAAGGGAGCAUUUACUUUUACACAAUGGAUUAGUGUGGAGGAAACAGCCUCAGCCAUGCUUCGUUUUAACUAUAAAAAUGCAAAAGAGUACUGUUUACUUUUUUUAAAGUGCCUACAGUACAUUAAAUGUGGAACGACAGACUUCUAGGCAGAGAGACUAACACUUACAAAUCCGGGUGUCCAAAGCUAGGGUCCUGAAUAAAAGAAAUCUGAUCGUUAAAAGCUGUGCUCCUUUGGCUUCCAUUAACUUCAAAGGAUACUCCAUUUGACUUGUAAGCACCCGGGUUUGAAAAUUCUGGCCACAGUUGCCUCUGAACAAGGGCAGAUGACUUUCAUUAACUCUGAUGGCAGUAAUCCAAACCAAUCACGAGGAGAGAAUACAUCCUAAGAAACCAGUCACAGCAUGCUAGUUUAUUUCCAGGUCUUUUGCUUCAAGCAAUGGCUGCUUGUUGUUAAUCAACACAUUUUCCUUUCUUCUUCUCUCUCUCUGAAGGAAGAGGCAUUUGUGAAGAGUAAAAUAUGUUGUUUUACCAAUGCACUGUGUGCUACAUUUCAAAUUAAUUUAAUGUUUCUUUCAAUUCCUAUGCUCCUGAGUUUAUCAUUUUAAAGUUCAUAAUGGGCAUUAUUGCAAGAGCAUCUUUGCUAUUUUAAUAUUACUUGACUUCUCUUUACUGAAACUUAAUAAAGUCCUAUAGUCAUUAAAAUGUGACCUGUCAGCCAAGUUUAUUCUGCUCAUGCAGUAUUACAUAAGUAAGAGUCCUCUGCUUGCCGAGAUAUAUUUCAAUCUUCCAGGGAGCCUAGAGGUAAAGUUUUUUGUUUUUUAGUAGUCUGAAAUUCUGGGAAGUUGAACAGAACAGACCUCUGCUGUUUAGUAAGAGUAAUAGCAUGAAUUGCUCUUCUCUCAUACAUUUCAAAAAGUCCAUCAGUUCCCCCCCCACAAAAAAUCAGCUUUGCUGGGCAUGGAAGUGCCUUCACCCUGUGUAUAUAUGAAAAGGGUUUGUCAGAACUGAUUCUAUAUGAUUCAGGUUUUUAUAUGCCUCCAUCCUGCCAACACUUACUCACAAUAGUGAGGUUAAGCAUAUGUGUAAUCCCACUGACUUAAAAAAUUAAGUAUCUGUGUAAAUGUUGGCAGGGGAUCGGGGUCACACUGUGCCUAUCACUGUUGUAGCUGAAUGCCUUCCCAUGGCACAUUAAGCAUUGUGACUAGUAUCAGUCAAUGGUCCUUUCUCCUUUCCUCUACUGUGAGAAGAAUUAUGUGAAAUUUUUUAUUUUACUCCUCUAUUUGCUGUGCUAUAUGUCCUUUGAAAAUAAGGUCAAAGAAGUGCAUCUUCCAUUUGGGAUGGAAGGUGAGGAGAUUUGUGGUAGUUUUUAGUGUCUAAGUGCGAGUGUGUGGUACAUUUAGUGAUGAUUGAUCCACCACACUCAAACAGUCACUAUCUUAGACUGGGUAGUAGUGGGAGAGAAGCCAGUCAGGUGAAAGCAAGACUAUAGGAAACAUUUCACCACUGUUCCAGCUUUGCAAUUCAUCCAUUUUUUUUUUUCUUCUUAAAAGGUCUUAAUAAAGGCAGAGCUAUGUCAUGGCUGGUAUCUAGAAUGUGGAUGGAUGUGAGUAGAAAACACACUUGAAAUAUGCAUGCUCUUGAGCCCUAUCUUGGUGUUCUGUCUCUCUUUUCACAGUAGGCUGGUUUGUGCUGCUAUGAAGGCUUUUAAAAAAAUUCCCUUUAGAAUGCAACUUUCAUGUUUCCUUCGAAGAGUAGCAUUCCAGUGAUGCUUACCUUCCCCAAGCCCCUCUUCUUUGGCUGCCUUCUAUUAACAUAUGGGCUUUCCAAUCCUCUUUAGCACUGCAACUGUGAUUAGAUAAAACAGUAGCUUUAGAAAUUACACCAGCUGUCUGUUGUGUGAUAGCUUAUCCAUCUGAAUUCUAAGAGGCCAAUCAUUACAGGUUUUCUUACUAGAAAGGAUAGAAGAGAAAUUCUGAGAUGAGGAAACCCAAAAUUUGUUUGGUCUAGAGUUUUAAUAAUAAAACUCUUUUCUAUCCUGUUUGCUCUAACUAACCUGACUAAUUAACCACUUCACCUUCUCACCUCUGCAAGGCAAAGUCUCAGACAAACUUACCUUAAAAUGACUGGUUUAUAUAGCUUAAAAAAAAAAAAAAAAAAAACUUGCUAGAGCCAGUCCUCCAUUUAUCUGAUAAUGUGCAGAGACACAAGUUACAGCUCUGGUUGUGAGAAUUUGCUAUAUUUAUGUAUUUUGCAGGGGAGAUAGAGGAGUGCUACGUUUCUUGUAUGUGUUGUGUUCUGGCCCUAUCACAUGUCAAAUGAAGUGACUUGAAUGCUACAUUGAGUAACAAGAUCACAAAUUAUGUUUUGAAAAAUCCUUUCAUUCCUUGAGUCCCAGGAGCAGUCACAGGACAGCUGGGUCUGGUUUUGGUUUAGUGUUUUCUUCUGAAUGAGCCCUCUGAGUCAAACCUAGUAAUGGCCCCAGCUGUCCAUUUAUAAUUAAAUUUCUAAGAUACCAGCUGGGUAUUUGUGUUUUGGCUACUUGUUUAAUGAUGUUAGCAUUUAAAUGAUCACAACUUCAACAUUUAUUUAACACCCCAUGAAGAUAAAUGAGCAAAGAUCAUAUCUAUUUAUAUUCUCUGGCUUAGUCACUCAUCAAGAAGAGCAGAGUAACAUUCUGAGAUGGAAUGAAGCUGACUUGUGGCUGUAGGUAGACAUAGCCUUACAGCAGCAGAGCGGUAGCUCGGUAGUGUAGACACUUGCUAUAGUGAUGGAAGGGGUUUUUCCAUCACUGUGGUAAAUCCGCCCCCUCAAGAGGCCAUAGCUAGGUUGACAGAAGAAUUCUUUCAUCAACCUAGCUGCAUCUGCAGUGCGGGUUACUGUAGAUGUACGAGUUGUGAAAUUUUCAUAGCCUUGAGUGAAGUAGCUAGGUCAACCUAAGUUUUACAUGUAGACCAGGCCUUAGUACCUAGUCUACGUACCUAGUGUUUUUAACUGGUAAUAUUUUUGUUUCUUAGGAAUACCUAUUAUAUGAAAAAAUGUUACACAGUUGGCACUAAUUGCACUAGGGACAAGAAAUGCAGAAUUAACCUUAAUUGUGUUGUCUUGGCACCUAAACAUUACAAUAGGACUUUUAUUACUUGAUCACACAACAUACAGCCAAUGAUACAUAUGAGCUUCCCAUCAAACUACUGACAAGUUCUUAGCACCUACAUUGUUAUAGGUGCAGGCUUGUGACUUUUUUGGCUGGUUGUAUUAACUGAAGCGCUCAGAAAAACAGAAGCAAGAAUUGAAAGCAGGGCUCUUGCACAGCACUGAAAAGCACCAGCACCAUGUGAGCAUGCAAGAAAUGCACGGGUCUCUCAUCCAAAAGGCUUACAGACUAAAUAGAGUAGGUGAGCAAAGCCUGGAACUGGAAAAGGAGGCAGAGACUUGCUCAAGGUCACACAGCAAGUCAGCUAAAUAGCUGUGCAGAGAAUUCAGCUCUCUUAAGUCCCACUUCAAUGCCCAAUCCACUGGACUGCAGUGCUAAUUUUUAUUAUUUAUAUAUAUAUAUAAAAAAAUCUCCACCUGAUACCAGUAGCUGUUGCCAUGACAGAGAUGUAAAAACUAGGCAUUGUAAGGGUGGCAUGCAUCCAGACACACAGCCUCACUCCUACUCAAUGUCUAAAAUUAGACCAGAUUGGGCCUCUUCAAAACAGUCAUCUGCUUUCAAGCAUCAGUCACUGCCCCUGAUACGACAUGUGACUGUGCCUCCUGCACCUGGUGCAUCUUAAACCACCUUCCACAGAUUUGUGCCUUGGUUUAGGUUUGUUAGAGUUUUAGAACAUAAGCUACGAACAGAUAUGAGCUCUGAGGUGACAAAGGGCAACAUUAGGGCUUGUGGCUGAGCAAUGGCUAUCCUGCCUAAAGCAUUCAGAGUCUGGAGACCCCACUUACUCUAGGAGAUCUCCUUGCCUCCUCUCAGGAAUAGAGAGAGUACAUGCACAAGAGAGCUCUUGCAACUAGUUCUGCCUGGGAUCAACCUUUCCAGACUACUGUACCCCUUUCAGGAGUCUGAUUUGUCUUGCGUACCCCCAAGUUUCACCUCACUUAAAAGUUACUUGCUUACAAAAUCAGACAGAAAAAGUGUCAUAGCCCCACUACUACUGAAAAACUGCUUACUGUCUCAUUUUUACCAUAUGAUUAUAGCAUCAAUUGGAAUACAAAUAUUGUACUUACAUUUCAGUGGAUCUGGACACAUUUUGGGGAAGAGACCCCUCGUGGUGACUUGCUCAGGCAGUCUGCCAGAGUAUUUUGAACUCCCAGGAGGAGUUACAUUUCAGUGUAGAGUAUAUCGAGCAGUAUAAACAAGCCAUUGUCUGGAUGAAAUUUUAGUUUGUACUGACUGUGCUAGGGCUUUUUAUGUAGCCUGUUGUAAAACUAGGUAAACAUCUAGAUGAGUUGAUGAACCUCCUCAAACACCUCUGGGUACAUAUACCCCUGGUUGAGAACCACUCAACUAGAAAUUCAUCAGGGAUGCUUUUUUUAGCCUCUGGAGUUUAAAAAAAAAAGAAGGAAAAUCCACUAACAUUAUUCUUGUUGCUAGAUCUCAUGAAUAAAUCUCUAAAUAAGUAAAAUUUGUCUUACCUGUAACAAAGUAGUCAAAUGGGAACACAAUCUUGACCGCCUGCUGCCAAGCAGAACCCAUUUGUAUGUAAUGGAAAUCACAGACCAGAGAUUGUGACACUGGCUAAUGGUGAUGUUCCCAAGCACUAGAAUGCCUUGGAGCAGGAUCAGAGAGGGUUUCUUCUCCCGGGAGACAUGACCCAUGCUCAUAUUUCUACUAUAGAUGAGCUAUGACCAUCUCGCACUGGCCUGUCCAACUGUUGACCCCAAUGUCCCCUGCUGCUGGUUGUUGAGGGAGAAGGAGAUGCACACUAAAAGAGCAGAAAGAAUAAGACGAGAGCUGGGAGUUGAUCCUUGCCAAGAGGCUGGCUGCUAUGUUGGCGGAAGCCUGUGAGAAGCAUGAGGCUUUUCACGUCUUAGAGGGAUGAAGCCCUCUGCUUCUCAAUGGCCCAGGGAAGGGCAAAUGGGUCUGGUGAAAAAAUGCAUUUAAGGUACUCACUUCUUGGCACAUACAAACUUGUCCUGUCUCAGUCCUACGGUCUUCAGUUCCUGCAGGGAAAUGCAUGUGCUAUGAAAAUAGCAACUAAGCCCAGGCAUGGUACUGAUAGAGUUUGAAAGAUUGCUAAAAAGUAUUUAGAACGAUCUUUACCUUUUAUCCAUGUACUACAGUUUUCCUUUAAGGAAAAGAAUAUUUUGUGCUGAUACAACAUGUUUCACCCUGAGCUUCUCAACACUUCACAAGCUAGCAAAACCUAGCUACAGAAUCCAGUUAUCUUAAAUCUCAGUUCCCAGCUUGAGUGUUGUGAGGAAGAGGUAGUGGUUAGUCUAUUAAAUGCCAACAUCAUUUGUUUCUAAACCAAAUAUUUUCAACCUUGCCAAAUCUUUUGGCAUUUCCCACCCCAUAACAUUUAGCACUUUGCCAGCACAAUGGUGAGGUAGACCUUUGCUUCUCACAUUGAGGGAAAGUAGGAAACCUAGAACAUCUUAGUUCCUCCUUGAUUUUACUACUGCUGUACAAUCUCACAGUAAAAAGUGACUUGAACAGAUCAAUGUUGCUUUCUAAUCCUGCUCAGGCACUUGAGUUUACAUCACAACAGCACCAUUUUGCUUUACAAAACACCUAGUUACAUUGCCCAAUUCCAUGAACACUAGUAAACUUGUGGUUUGAAAAGUAAGGCUGUAACUAAACUUAUUCUUGCACAAGUAUAAUUUGUGAGAAACCAAGAGCUGUUCUUGCCUCUGUUAGAAGAGUUUAGCAUCCUGACAGUGCCUUGGUUAUCUCACCUCCAUUUCAUGAAAAGGAUUUGGAAAUAACACUGGUCUACAAUUUUUGAGAAGAAGUCUGCUUCAGAGAUAAAAUGUGCUAUUUAUUAUGUAUUUUGAUGUGCUGAAUUCAAAUAUGACAAAAC